GAUCUGUGUUGAGGGCAAUAUAGCCAGCGGGAAGACGACAUGCCUGGAGUUCUUCGCCAACACAACAGACAUCGAGAGCUCAGCUCAGAGGAGCAGCAGCCCUUUGAUGUUUCCUUUCCCUGCAGGUGAUUCCGGAGCCUGUGCACAAGUGGAGAAAUGUCCGUGGCCACAAUCCUCUGGGUCUGAUGUACCGUGAUGCCUGUCGAUGGGGCCUCACGCUGCAGACAUACGUGCAGCUCACCAUGCUGGACCAGCGCACUUGUCCGCAGACGUCACCUGUACGGUUAAUGGAGCGGUCGAUUCACAGCGCAAGAUACAUUUUUGUAGAGAACCUGUAUAGAAGUGGGAAGAUGCCCGAGGUGGACUACGUGGUUUUGUCGGAAUGGUAUGACUGGAUCGUGAGGAACAUCGACGUGUCCGUGGAUUUGAUAGUGUAUCUCCGGACCACUCCCGAGACCUGCUAUCAGAGGUUAAAGAUGAGAUGCCGGGACGAGGAGAAGGUCAUCCCACUGGAGUACGUGGAUGCUAUUCACCGCCUCUACGAGGAAUGGCUCACCAAAGGGGGCCUUUUCCCUACUGUGGCCCCUGUUCUGGUGAUUGAGGCUGACCACGACAUGCAGAAAAUGUUAGAAGUCUUGGAACAAAACCGGGACCGGAUAUUGACUCCAGGGAGUCGGACACAUGGUCCAUAGGACAGGAAAGAUCGUGCCAGAAAAAUGCCCGCGGCUGCCAAGUGAGCCCUUGGGAGCGAUGUGGAAAACCUCCUCCUGGGAGGGCUUGAAUCUGGCCAGAUUUGUUUCCGAAUGGUCUUUCUCCUUU